CAUAUUUAGCUCUCUCUCUUCUCUCUCUCCUCUGUGUGACGCUCAGAGACUCUUUCUCUCUCUACAAACCCUCACCCGAAUACAUAUAGAGACUCUUUCUCUCUCUAUAAAUUUUAGUCCUCUUUAAAUUUUUACAACAAGAGAGAGAGAGAGAGACGCUCGAAAAUUCGAGAAGGAAAUUUACUCAAGGUUGUAGGACAAUCAGUUUGGGAAUACGGUUUAAGAUUGUAUGUAUUUACAUAUGAGAUGGGUUCCCGAGGACGGUUAUUGUUUGAUCUCAACGAACCCCCUGCUGAGGAUAAUGAGGAGAGUGAUAGCGUAGUCUCGUUGCAGCCUCAGAAGGCACUCCUUUCGACAAGCUUGUUGGAGCCUCCUGAAGUGCUUGCGGUAGCAGCUGGUACACAAGGAACUGUUAAUAAUCAUGUUUUCCAACACGCACCGUCUGGAUCAGGUUUUCAACCUUUUACUCGGCCUAAAUAUGUUCAUGGCUCUGAAGGUAACGCUGAGCAGAAGGAGGCAAGCGACAGGAUUCCCAACAAUGCAUCAUUGCGAAUGUCCAGUAAUAAUGAGGACGUUAAAGCAGUGCCAGCUUUAGUUUCGACUGCUGCAGAUGCCCUGUCUGUGGAACGAGAAGAGGGAGAGUGGUCUGAUGCCGAUGGAUCUGCUGAUGCUCAAGAAAGUGGUAGUUUGCGUGAACAGGGCAAAGCUUCCCAAGAACUAGAAAAUUCUGGGGCAGUUGCUUCCAGUAGUGCUCCAGAUGUUAAAGUUUCAGAAAGUCUGAAGGAUGAGAGCAGCAGUAGCCGCAAUUCGGACAACAAUGUCAAAGGUCAUAUGACCAUGGACUGUCAGGAGGAACCUGGCCUGGUCCUGAAACAAGAGAAAGUCAAAAGCAUUGAAGCGAGUCGUGCGCUCAAGGGUGCAAUUAAUCCAGUGAAGAGGAAGAUGGAUCAUCAUAAUGAAGCAAAAUUGGGAAAGAAACGUAGUAGACAGACAAUGUUCCUUAAUUUGGAAGAUGUUAAGCAAGCUGGUCCCAUCAAAAGUUCAACACCGAGAAGACAGUCUAUCCCUGCAUCUAUUACAACUCGCACUAUGAAGGAUGUUCGUACAGUUUCUCCACCUGCAGGUCCUCCGCCAACUGACCGCAUAGGAGAAACGCAGCCACAGCCAGCAAUCAAGGACCAGAAACAUCCCGAUGUUCUAUGCAGUGAAGGAGGGCUUGCUGGGGAUUCUAGUGAAUCUAAAUCUGAAAGUAAUGGGGAUAUUAAUUAUGGAUCAGCUAGGCUGAAAAGGCAAAAUGGUGAUAUGGACUCAUCUGCAGAUGUCUUACCACCUAUACCAAGACAGAGUUCAUGGAAGCAGCCCACAGAUAUGAGGCUGCCGAAAAAUUCACAGGUUGUUAAUAGGAAGCCAGUCACUCAAAGCUCCAUGGAUUCCAAGAUGGGAACCAAAAAGCCUACUCCUGCCAAGAAGCAAAUGACCGUCAGUAACAUGUACCAAGACACAUCAGUAGAGCGUCUGAUACGGGAGGUUACCAAUGAAAAGUUCUGGCACAACCCAGGGGAGACUGAUCUCCAAUGUGUUCCUGAUCGGUUUGAAUCUGUUGAGGAUUAUGUCCGAGUAUUUGAACCCUUGCUUUUUGAGGAAUGCCGGGCACAGCUUUACAGCACGUGGGAGGAAUCGACUGAAGGUGUUUCAAGUAAUGCUCAUACAAUGGUUCGUGUAAGGAGCAUUGAAAGGAGGGAAAGAGGGUGGUAUGAUGUUAUACUCCUUCCAGCAAAUGAAUCCAACAAGUGGACAUUUAAGGAGGGUGAUGUUGCAGUUCUUUCAACCCCCAGGCCUGGAUUAGCAGUCAGAACUAGAAGGAAGAACUCAUCAACUGAGGAUGUUGAGGAGCCUGAAAUAAGUGGACGCGUGGCUGGUACUGUCAGGAGACAUAUUCCUAUUGAUACACGUGAUCCGUCAGGAGCAAUCCUUCAUUUUUAUGUUGGGGACACCUAUGAAUCCAAUAGCUUGGUUGAUGAUGACCACAUUCUGAGAAAGCUGCAGCCUAAAGGAACUUGGUUUCUGACGGUGCUUGGUUCUCUUGCAACCACCCAGAGGGAGUAUGUUGCACUGCAUGCAUUUCGUCGUUUGAAUGUUCAGAUGCAAGCUGCGAUUCUUCAGCCCAGCCCCGAACAUUUUCCAAAAUAUGAGCAGCAGAGCCCUGCCAUGCCCGAAUGCUUCACACCGAAUUUUGUUGAUCACCUGCAUAGGAGCUUUAAUGGACCCCAGCUCUCAGCUAUCCAAUGGGCUGCAGUGCAUACUGCAUCUGGUACAAGUGGUGGAAAGAGGCAAGAUCCCUGGCCUUUUACACUUGUUCAAGGACCUCCAGGAACUGGUAAGACACACACUGUUUGGGGAAUGCUAAAUGUCAUUCAUCUGGUUCAAUAUCAGCAGUAUUAUACUUCUUUGCUUAAAAAGUUAGCACCUGAGAGCUAUAAGCAAAAUACUGAAAGCAACACUGAUAAUGUUGCUACGGGAUCAAUUGAUGAGGUUCUUCAGAGCAUGGACAAGAAUCUCUUCCGUACACUACCAAAGCUGUGCCCGAAACCUAGAAUGUUGGUUUGCGCUCCUUCUAAUGCCGCGACAGACGAGCUUCUUUCACGUGUUCUUGAUCGUGGAUUCAUCGACGGUGAGAUGAAAGUAUAUAGGCCUGAUGUGGCACGAGUAGGUGUUGAUUCACAGACACGUGCUGCCCAGGCCGUCUCUGUUGAGCGGAGGACUGAACAGCUGUUGGUCAAGAAUCGUGAUGAAGUUUUUGGGUAUAUGCAUCAGUUAAGAAGUCGUGAAGCUCAGUUGUCUAUGCAGAUAGCUACCCUUCAAAGAGAACUUACUGUUGCAGCUGCUGCUGUUCGUUCACAAGGAUCUGUGGGUGUUGAUCCAGAUGUUCUAGUGGCUAGGGACCAGAAUCGAGAUGCAUUGUUGCAGAACCUUGCGGCGGCAGUUGAAAGCAGGGAUAAGACUCUAGUUGAGCUGUCUCGCCUGUUUAUAUUAGAAGGAAAGUUUCGCGCUUCAAGCAAUUUCAAUUUGGAAGAAGCUCGUGCUAAUCUUGAGGCAAGUUUUGCAAAUGAGGCAGAAAUUGUUUUCACUACUGUUUCAAGCAGUGGUCGCAAGUUGUUCUCUCGCCUUUCUCAUGGUUUUGAUAUGGUUGUGAUUGAUGAGGCUGCACAAGCCAGUGAAGUAGGAGUUCUUCCUCCCCUUGCUCUUGGCGCUGCACGAUGUGUUCUUGUUGGUGAUCCUCAGCAGCUUCCUGCAACAGUUAUUAGUAAGGCUGCUGGAACUUUGUUAUAUAGUAGGAGUCUUUUCGAAAGAUUUCAGCAAGCAAAUUGCCCAACAAUGUUGCUAUCUGUGCAAUAUAGAAUGCACCCUCAAAUCCGAGAUUUCCCCUCCAGGUACUUUUACCAAGGACGCCUCAGUGACAGUGAGAGUGUUGCUAAUUUGCCUGAUGAGACAUACUACAAGGACCCUUUACUUAAACCUUAUGUGUUUUAUGAUAUCACUCACGGGCGGGAAUCACACAGAGGGGGAUCUGUCUCUUAUCAGAACAUACAUGAAGCUCAGUUCUGUGUUCGUUUGUAUGAGCAUCUUCAGAAGACAGCGAAAUCUCUGGGCCUGGGGAAGAUUUCUGUUGGCAUAAUCACACCAUACAAACUGCAACUAAAAUGUCUUCAACGGGAGUUUGAUGAGGCUUUAAAAUCAGAAGAAGGGAAGGAUCUGUAUAUUAACACAGUGGAUGCUUUCCAAGGCCAAGAACGAGAUGUGAUUAUCAUGUCCUGUGUGCGCGCUUCUGGUCACGGGGUUGGUUUUGUUGCAGAUAUCCGCCGUAUGAAUGUAGCUCUUACUCGUGCAAGAAGGGCUCUUUGGGUCAUGGGGAAUGCUAAUGCCUUGAUGCAGUCUGAAGAUUGGGCUGCAUUGAUCAAGGAUGCCAAGGCCAGGAACUGUUAUAUGGAUAUGGAGAAUCUGCCUAAAGAAUUUCUGGGUCCAAAGGGACCCUCCUACAAUCCAUUACCAGGAAAGCUUUCAUCUAAUAUGAGGGGGUUGAGAUCUGCUGGACCAAGACAUAGAUCGUUGGACAUGCGGAUGGAUUCGAGGUCAGGAACACCUUCAGAGGAUGAUGAAAAAUUUAAUGCACCUGUAAUUUCUAGGAAUGGCCAUUACCGGCCAAUGAGACCACAAUUUGAGAAUUCCUUGGAUGACUUUGAUCAGUCCGGUGAUAAGUCUAGAGAUGCUUGGCAGAAUGGUAUACAAAAGAAGCAAAGUCCUGCUGGGGUUGUUGGAAAGAGAGAGAUCUAACUCUUGGUGGGUGUUGUGGAUCUUCUUUCUUCAUCAGAGAGAGGCUUUGUGGCAUUCUUUCUUGUCCUACUGUGAUAAGUCUGCUACAAGGUGGGAGUGCUGGUUUUCUGUGGUUUUUACAGAAGCUGGACUCUUUGAGUUGGAAGAGAGCUGAACUUGGUGCUAGGUGAGCUUUUGGUUAGUUGUGAAGUUCGGCAAUAAAAAGGAAGGAGGGCUGGCUGGGGCUUUCGAGGCUUGUGCCGGAAGACAUUCAUCUUGGUUUGAUUUCUUUGAUGUCAUCUUGUGCAAGAAGACAUUCCUGAGUUUCCUUUGAUUUCUUGCAAAGCAGCUGGAUGCUUUUGGGUAGAUGGUGGAAUAAUCAUACCCUUAAUCUACCAGCUUUCAUUCGUCAGAGGAAUCCAAAUGGUGGUGUCGGCAAAGCUUCAAAGCAUGCUGCAACCUGUAGUGCGAAUAACAGUAGUGGAUCGAUUGAUCUGUUUUGACAGACACUGUUGAUUCAUUGGUUCUUUUUUCACUUACAUUGGGUGCUUCAAAUGCAGAAAGAUCCCAUUUGAAUGAUGCUCUGUACAUUUUCCGGAGACAUGCAAAUGCAUGAUGACCACAUACCAUACGAAGGCGAAUUCUAAUAUUGUUUCAAAAUUUAAAGUAGAAAGGUGGCAUUGCUAGAUUGUAUAUUCUGUGUAGAAAUGGAGAUACAGAAUUGUCUUAGGAGUACUGUAUUUGUUUCUGGCUGCGUUCGUAGUGUCGGCUAAAAUGUACAUACAUCUUCUAGUUUGGAAUUCAAUCAUAUCAAAUUCUUUCCUAUG